GCGGCCUCGCUGCGUGUGUGUGCGUGUCUCCAGCUAGGCCAGAGAAUGAUGGCGGCGCCCGUCCUGAGAGUGUCCACCCCUCGGUGGGAAAGAAUAGCUAGGCUUCUUGUUUGCCUGCUGGGCAUACUGUUGUCUCUAUAUGCCUUUCACGUCGAGAGGGAAAAGGCUCGGGAUCCGAGUUAUAAGGCUAUGUGCGACGUCAGCAGCUCCAUCAGCUGUUCAAAAGUGUUCAGCUCAAGGUGGGGUAGAGGAUUUGGACUCUUGGGCUCCAUUUUUGGAAAUGACAGUGCACUGAACCAACCCAACAGUGUGUACGGCAUUGGCUUUUAUGCCUUUCAGCUUCUACUGGGAAUGACUGUCAGUGCAAUGGCCGCCCUUAUUCUCAUGACGACAUCCAUCUUGUCUGUGGUGGGUUCGCUCUACCUGGGCUACAUCCUCUACUUUGUCCUAAAGGACUUCUGCUUCAUCUGCAUCACCACAUAUGCGCUGAACUUCAUUCUCUUUAUUCUCAACUACAAGCGACUGGUUUACUUGAAUGAGGCCUGGAAGCAGCAGCUCCAGGCUAAGCAGGACUAAGCUGUUGAGAGCGGCAAGGAAAAUAUGACAAACAAACGACAACAAAAAAAAAAGAAAUGUGACCUCUGAACAUUUGACUUGCCACCAGGAGACCUUGCUUCCAAACAAUGUUUAUUCUGCUGUGUGUUCAAAAAAAAAAAAGAAAAAAAGAAGAAAUUUAACUUAAAUGUUGGGCCUGACAUCUCGAUGUUGCAACCACAGAAGGAUCUGUAAGUGAAAGAUUUUCUUUUUAAUUUUUUUUUUUCCUUGUUUGACAUUGUACUCACUUAAGGAAGGGGCUGGCUGUGUGAGUGUGUAUGGGGGGAAACGCAUCAACCCACGCACGCAGAGGCACAACGCCACAAUACAGAACGAUGGAGGACAGCUCUCUUUUGAACAAAACGGAUCGCAGAAUGGAAGAAAAACAGGACAUUACAGGGGUUUACUUGAAAUGGUUAGAAAGGUCCUAUUACUGCACAGCAGAUCUGCACUAUAACUCAUAACCGAAUGAUGGGUCCCAAAAUUAGAAAAACACUCAUUAGGUUAUUGUAAAGUUUGCAGAUAAGGUUCUAUGGCAUGGUGGGAGGGGGAGAGGGGGUGCAAAUGAUUAACAUUUAUACAGACUAGUUUUUUUUUUUUCAUGUUUACACUUUGUAGUAUGUUUCUUUUUAAAGAGGACCACUAAUAAUAAACACAGGACAAUGUGAGAUAUUGUGUGUAGAUCAGUCAGAUUGUUUUUGUUUUUGCAAUUCUGUAAAUAGCUGCUGAGCAAUAUUCCAGGCUAGAUUGUGAUUUAGUGUUGACACAAACCUUUUAAGGAAAAACAAACAAAAAAACACCAACAAAACCGGAGAAGACAUCAGUAAAUGUGGAACAAAAAGUGAUCGAGGUCACAUCCGGGUGGAUGAGUCUGAAGAUGGGCUUGGGACAUCUCCCAUCCUGUGAAUCCUGGUCAGGCAUGCAGUUCAGAGUUGUGUGGAUUUCUUUGUUGCAAGUGGUUAAUGUUUCAUCUGAAGCCACCGACACGAGUCUAUAGGAUACCUUCACUAAGUUUGCAUAAAGGCACUCUCUUGUUUUGGUUAUUGUGUGAAAAGCAUUCCUGACCACCACACAAGUGGGAUCCAUAAAGACUUAUGUGCCUAAAGGAGUGUUAAGUUGAAUUAACUUUUUUUUUUGGGUAACUGUUGGGGGGGGGGGUAAUGUCAUGUUAACACCAGUUUUGCUCAUUGUUUUAUUGUCAGAGGUCCAAGGCUUUAUUUUUAUGAUCACACUUUUGUAAAUUAAGAUACCAGUGAAGUGUUUCUCCCUCCCUAAAAGAGUCUCAUGAGGUAGCAAAGGCUGCUGCACUGUGAUUGUCUGUGAGUGUGAGUGGCCUGGUGGCAGAAGCAUCUCUUAUCUUGCUGGUUCAGUCGCGUAAACGACGCUCAUCUGGCUUCUGUUCACUGUUGAGCCUGUAAACAUUUCAUGUCAAUUGAACAGUAACGGCGAUCUUGCCAAGCUGAGUUACACUUCAGUUUGCAGGAUGUCAACAAAAGAUGGGAAAUGUCGUGCUUUGUUGACAUGAGUGGCAGAAGCGCAACAAGGUGCAAGAUUCUGUAAGAAAACACAACAGUAUGUUAAGCCAUAUGUGGAGUUUGUGGGAUUUUUGCUCCAGAAGGAAAGAAAUGCAGGUCGCUGAACUAAGACGAACAGCUGCAGACACUGGAGCUCUUCGUGAAGUGGUUGAUCUAACCUAGCAAGGUUUGUAAAGAGUGAGAGAGAUCACAGUAUGGGAAAAGAAACCACAGCUUGUUGUGACUGUGCUAGAAAUCCACAGUUUUGUCAGUUCAGUUCAACACAGAGCAGGACCAUUGUCUCUUUUCCAUCCAGAAUCUACUAAAGUACCCUUCUUGUCAGACGCAUGGCACACUAUCUCCUGGCUUUAAGCAUAUGUUGGCCAUCGGACAAUCUUACCCACAAUGUCAGAGAUGUAGAACAGUCGUUGUAAUAAACUGUAAUAAUGUGAUUCAUCUGUGGUGUCAAACCAGCUUGUUAAUAGUUUCCAUCACUGCUAGUCUCCAUGCACUUUCAUGUUAAAUGGAAUUCAAGUUCUCCUUGACAGUUUUUGUGUAGGGUGAGGGGUUUUUAAAGUAUUGAUGAAAAGCAGCCAGGAAAGAAGACAUCCUUUUUGUAAUAACAUGAAGCCAUCGGUUGUGUAUAAAAAUGACAAUUGAGAUACUUUUCCCCCCUCCGCCAAGACAUUGUUGAAGUGAAAUUGUUGUCUGUUCAUGCAUGUUAUAACCACUUUACUAGGCUGUGUUACGUCACUGUUACGCAUUUUCCAAAGUAUAACAUGUGUUGUAUAUUUGGAAUAGUUUACCCUAUGUUCCAGGCAGUUUCCAUUCAUUUCACUAUGGGGUGAUACAGACUUUAAGACACACAUCCAUCACUUGAUCUUCACAGUGAAGAUAAUAUACAUGCUCACUAUGUCAAUAUUUGUCCUUUGGUUUGAGGAACAACAGUAUAAUUGGUUAAUGUGAUGCAAUUUGGCAGCCUACUAGGCACAUCUAGACUUCAGUUUCACUCCGAUGGAUAUCCUAACUUAUAACACUAUUCCACUGAUUUACCUACAGCAUUUUAUUAAUUGAUGCAGCAAAACCAGAGGCAUCGUCUUUAUUAUUUCAUGCAUUCUUCUUUGUCAAAAUCUGGCACCUACAUUACCCACAAUGCAACUCGACUGCCAACAGUUCAGUUGGAGACGGGUGUGUCAUGCUAAUGUAGCCUCGAGUCUCAAGCAGAGAUGAAUCUGGUGAGCUCACUUAAAGUGAGAAAAAUCUGGGCGUUAACACAUGCAGUAGUUCUCCCAAACACCUUUAAAUAGACUCCUUGAUGUGUAAAAUCAGGGGAGGUCCCCUUUUAAGUAAAUUUCCAAUCUUUGCCAGUAGAUUGUCAUGCGGAAAAGAAUGGGAACGAAUGGCUGCCUGGAGGAGAGACACUAUGGUUUGCUUUGGAAAAUAAUUGGCAGUUCUGUUGGUGUGAUUGGUAGUAAACUGGCAGAAACAUGCGAGCACCAGUGCGGUCGGUUUAACAAACUGUAUGGUAGAAUGAUUUCAAUGUUUGCAUCAUUCCUUAGCAUGUCAUCUUUAAGAUCUUCUACAGUAUUGCCUUGUCACACUUACAUCAGGUUCAUUUUCAUCUCAGCUCAGAAUGAGAUGAACAACCAUUUUUCUAGGAAAGCCUGUGUACUUACAUAUAAGACAAAUCUAUGGAUUCACUUACACAAGUUCAAACUUUAGUUAGAGAAGUCAAACCGACUUAACUUGCAACAACUAUUGGUCUGACAACUGAUAAGUGUACAGUGGGUAGCCUAUUAUAACGUUCAUGAUUCCUGUCAUAUGCAAGCCUAUUACACUAGUUGUGUGCAGUUACUUUAAAGAAAUGGGUGAGGAGUUUGAAUGUUGAGUGAAAAGUUUGAAAUCACUGGCCAGUAUAAAAGGAUCACCAUGUUGUGUGAUGAUUUUAAUGUAUAAAGGAGGACAAAAUGAUGGAUACCGCAAUCUCAUGAAUAUUCAUUUAGGCCCUGAGGUAUAACUGCCAUCUUAGUUGCAUCACCAAUGCCAACAAAAGUGCCUUCUGUUUGAUCACUAGGCCUUGAGCCAAAGACGAGCAACAGUAAUAGCCUUGUAAAAUGAAGAGUGGUAACUGUAACAGGCACAUCUGCUUGCCUUCCUUAACAUAAUCUGAUAAAUUGGUAAUUCCCAAAGAUUUGAUAUCCAGUAUCAGUGUAAAAAUCCAUUCAGAAAUUGCCAGACAAAACACCCUGUCAAAUCAAUGGCCAUUCCUUUUUUCCUUCCUUACCUCCAUUAUAUAAUUAUCAUCUUAAUUAUGUCUAGCUAGAACAUGUUUGUUAGCUAAGAAUACACUCUGUUUAAACUACAUGAUUGUAAUGUUCUCUCCAUGAUUAAUUAUGCCCUUUAGCCGUGUAGACUGUUAACAUUCUGGGUUAUUUUAGUUUUUAAAAAGUCGAGGGGUUGGAGGGCUAGGAAUCCAUGUGUCAGCAUCAAAUGUUUAUUACAUUUCUUUGUGGAGGAAAACUUAACUGGGUUUGCUUCUGUAUUGCCAAAUAUGUUUUAAAAUGCUGUAUUUUCUUACAUGGAAAAGUGUUACAUGAAUGGUAGGAGGGUGCAAAAAUCUUCUGUUUAAAUCCAGCUUACCUUAAGGGAAAACUGUGGAAAAGGUUGACAUGAGAACAUUUUUUAAUUGUGUCAUUGUCAUGUGGAAAUGAUCUACCAUUAAAACAUUCCCUCUGAAACUA